GCCCCGCUACCGACCGCACGUCUGGGCCAGCCGCCCCUCGGCCGCGGUUUGCCUGCCCGUCCGCCUCCUCUCCGCAGUCCCCCGGCCACCGAGUCCCGGGGACAGGAGAAGCCGGGAGGAGCGACACCACGCCCGCCUCGGUCCACGACCUGGGACCCGUCUGCCCCUCACCUGACAGAUUACCUACAAUGAUGAAAUGAAGUAACUCAAGAUGAGCAAGUUAAAAGUGAUAUCAGAGAAGAGCCUUACCAAUAAUUCUCGGAUCGUGGGACUCCUGGCUCAGCUGGAGAAGAUCAAUACUGAAUCUGCAGAAUCAGAUACUGCCCGAUAUGUUACAUCAAAAAUUCUUCAUCUGGCUCAAAGUCAAGAAAAGACAAGGAGAGAAAUGACAGCCAAGGGUUCUACAGGAAUGGAAGUUCUGCUGACAACACUAGAGAACACGAAAGAUCUUCAAACUACACUUAAUAUCUUAAGCAUUCUUGUUGAGCUGGUGUCAGCUGGUGGAGGUCGAAGAGCGAGUUUCUUGGUUGCCAAAGGUGGUUCACAAAUAUUGUUGCAAUUACUUAUGAAUGCCAGCAAAGAAUCUCCCCAGAAUGAGGAGUUAAUGGUGCAGAUUCAUUCUAUUCUUGCAAAGAUUGGACCGAAAGACAAAAAAUUUGGAGUGAAAGCUAGAAUUAAUGGGGCUCUGAAUAUAACCCUGAAUUUGGUCAAACAGAAUUUGCAGAAUCAUCGCUUGGUUUUGCCUUGUCUUCAGCUUUUACGAGUAUAUUCUGCCAAUUCUGUGAAUUCAGUAUCCUUAGGGAAAAAUGGAGUUGUGGAACUGUUGUUUAAAAUCAUUGGACCAUUUAGUAAGAAGAAUUCGGGUCUCAUGAAGGUUGCUUUAGACACUCUUGCUGCAUUGCUAAAAUCAAAAACAAACGCCAGGAGAGCUGUAGACAGAGGAUAUGUCCAAGUCCUUUUAACAAUUUAUGUAGAUUGGCACCGCCAUGAUAACCGGCAUAGAAACAUGCUCAUUCGGAAAGGAAUUUUACAGAGUUUAAAAAGUGUUACAAACAUCAAGUUGGGAAGAAAAGCAUUUAUAGAUGCCAAUGGGAUGAAAAUUCUUUAUAACACUUCACAAGAAUGUUUGGCAGUUAGGACCCUUGAUCCUCUUGUCAACACCUCCAGUCUAAUAAUGAGGAAGUGUUUUCCAAAAAAUCGCCUGCCGCUCCCAACAAUUAAAAGUUCUUUCCAUUUCCAGCUGCCAGUUAUCCCCGUGACGGGGCCUGUGGCCCAGCUCUAUAGUUUGCCCCCUGAAGUGGACGACGUAGUGGAUGAAAGUGAUGACAAUGAUGAGCUUGACUUAGAAGCCGAAAAUGAAACUGAAAAUGAAGAUGAUGUAGAUCAGAAUUUUAAGAAUGAUGAUAUUGAAACGGAUAUUAACAAACUAAAACCCCAGCAGGAACCAGGACGAACGAUAGAAGAACUUAAAAUGUAUGAACACCUUUUCCCUGAGCUUGUUGAUGAUUUUCAGGACUAUGAUUUAAUCUCCAAAGAACCAAAGCCUUUUGUAUUUGAGGGGAAGGUACGUGGCCCUAUUGUUGUUCCUACAGCGGGAGAGGAAGCUUCUGGGAAUUCAGGCAGUUUAAGAAAAGGAGUCGUAAGGAAGGCAAAUGUGUCUCCUAAAGGAGAUGAAGGUGAUAAGAAAUCUGCCUGUAUGGAUCUGGCAAAAGAAGAUGUGAAAGAUAACGGGAGAACAUCACAACAUCAGCCGGGUGAUCAAAAUAGAACUGGGUCUUGCGCCCAGGGCUUAAACCAUGAUAUUGUGAAGGCACUGGACCGAAUUACACUGCAGAACCUUCCUUCUCAGACAGCCCCGGGUUUUACCGCCGGAGGGAAGAAGGACUACGGUCUCCCUCUCUCCGUCCUCACGUGCACUAAAGCUUGUCCACACAUGGCUGCUUGUGGAAAUGUUCUGUUUGAGGGAAGAACAGUGCAGCUAGGGAAGCUCUGUUGUACUGGAGUUGAAACUGAGGAUGAUGAAGAUACGGAGUCUACUUCAUCAGUGGAGCAAGCAUCAGUGGAAGUCUCAGAUGGACCCACACUCCACGACUCAGAUCUCUAUAUUGAGAUUGUGAAAAAUACAAAGUCAGUCCCAGAGUAUUCAGAGGUGGCUUAUCCUGAUUAUUUUGGUCACAUUCCACCUCCAUUCAAAGAACCUAUCUUAGAAAGACCUUAUGGUGUACAGAGGACAAAAAUUGCCCAAGAUAUUGAGAGGCUAAUACAUCAGAGUGAUAUCAUAGAUCGAGUGGUAUACGACUUAGAUAAUCCAAAUUACACUAUUCCAGAAGAAGGAGAUAUUUUGAAGUUUAACUCCAAAUUUGAAUCUGGGAAUCUGCGCAAAGUAAUUCAAAUUAGGAAAAAUGAAUAUGAUCUUAUUCUGAACUCAGAUAUAAAUAGCAAUCAUUAUCAUCAGUGGUUUUACUUUGAAGUCAGUGGAAUGCGACCGGGUGUUGCUUACAGGUUUAACAUCAUUAACUGUGAAAAAUCCAACAGUCAAUUUAAUUAUGGUAUGCAACCACUCAUGUAUUCAGUUCAGGAAGCAUUAAAUGCCAGACCAUGGUGGAUUCGUGUGGGAACCGACAUUUGCUAUUAUAAAAAUCACUUCUCAAGAAGUUCAGUUGCUGCAGGUGGGCAAAAGGGAAAAUCCUACUAUACCAUUACAUUCACUGUCAGUUUUCCACAUAAAGAUGAUGUUUGCUACUUUGCUUAUCAUUAUCCAUACACAUAUUCAACUUUACAGAUGCAUCUUCAAAAAUUGGAAUCAGCACACAAUCCUCAGCAAAUCUAUUUUCGAAAAGAUGUGUUAUGUGAAACCCUGUCUGGAAACACCUGUCCCUUGGUGACUAUAACUGCAAUGCCAGAGUCUAAUUAUUAUGAACAUAUCUGUCAAUUCAGAAAUCGCCCUUACGUUUUCUUAUCUGCUCGGGUACAUCCUGGAGAAACGAAUGCAAGUUGGGUAAUGAAAGGAACAUUGGAGUAUCUCAUGAGUAAUAACCCUACUGCUCAGAGCUUACGAGAAUCCUAUAUUUUUAAAAUUGUCCCGAUGCUAAACCCAGAUGGUGUUGUCAAUGGAAAUCACCGCUGUUCUUUAAGUGGAGAGGAUCUGAACAGACAGUGGCAAAGUCCAAAUCCAGAUUUACAUCCUACGAUAUACCACGCUAAGGGGCUGCUACAGUACCUGGCCGCCGUGAAGCAUUUACCACUGGUAUAUUGUGAUUAUCACGGCCACUCCCGAAAGAAGAAUGUAUUUAUGUAUGGCUGCAGCAUCAAGGAGACGGUAUGGCACACCAGUGCUAAUGCAGCUUCGUGCGAUGUCGUGGAAGAUGUAGGAUACAGGACUUUGCCUAAGAUCCUGAGCCAUAUCGCUCCAGCAUUUUGCAUGAGCAGCUGUAGCUUUGUAGUGGAAAAAUCUAAAGAAUCCACAGCACGUGUUGUAGUUUGGCGGGAGAUAGGCGUACAAAGAAGCUAUACCAUGGAAAGUACUUUGUGUGGCUGUGAUCAGGGAAAAUACAAGGGCUUACAGAUUGGUACUCGAGAAUUGGAAGAGAUGGGAGCAAAAUUUUGUGUUGGUCUGUUACGUUUGAAGAGAUUGACAUCCCCAUUGGAAUAUAAUCUGCCUUCCAGCCUGCUUGACUUUGAAAAUGACUUGAUUGAAUCAAACUGCAAAGUAACUAGGAAACUUGGCAGCUCUGAACUCCAAUUUUUGCCACCAAUCCUUUGAAUUGCUGAAAGCUCUGAUGACUUCUCUGCCUCUUAGCAGCUGCCCUUGCCUGGCCUUGAUUCCCUCUGGACUUUGCCCCACGCACCUUUUCUCUUGGUUGAUUUUGCUUUGUAUCCUUUCACUGUAAUAAGUUGUGGCUGUUAAUACAACUGCGUGUCGAAUCCUGUAAAUCUUGCUAGCAUGUCACCAAACCAGGGGUGGCCUUGGGACCCCCAACACACAUACCCAUUCUGAGUUUCUGUUAAGUUCAGUUAUUAUCUCCAAGAUUUUUGUGUCCUAUUGAGAAUGAACAGAGAUAGAUGAUAAUGUAACCCUUUUUCAUAUGUGUGUAAACCCAGGCUCAGAGAUGAAUUAACCUAAGAUGACCCGUGUGGUAAUUCCCCAUAAAACCAGGAAUUGUGCCCACGUCUAACCCAGAAUUCCCCUGUACUUUCGUUGUGUCUUGCAUCUUCCAGAUGACUAAGCUGACUUACUAAAAAGGAAUGGCUUCAGCUUUUGAAGCUGUCCUGAAUUAUUGGGAAGCUUAACUGUUUAACCCUUUCAUUAUGUAUAAGGAAUGGUUUUAGAUCAGUAGUGAAAUUAAGUUGGAGGUUAGUGACUUAAUGACUGUUUUUUGAAGGCAGCUUAGUUAUAUAUCAAAGUAUCAGUAAAUUAACAACUUUCUUUCCUUUUUUGCCCCCCAAAUGGGUGUCCUCUUAUUAGAAAUUCUAACUCUGUGUGUGGGUGUGCAUGUGUGCAGGAAUGUUAAAAUACUUAUGUAUGCACUGUGAUCAAUUAAGACUGACAAAAAUUGUUACUUGUAUUUUCUAUGGAUAAUUGUUUGCUAUGUGAUAUUUAGUAGAUGCCAAAUCUCUUAUGAUCUAGUAAUCAAAUGAUAUAAAUAGAACAUUCUCUAAUAUUUAGGGAGAUAGAGAUUUUUCUUUCACCUGAGACGUGAUAUUUCAAUACAAGAAAGACAUAAUUGGCAAGUCACAAAUUGCUAAUUUGGACAAUGGAAUAUUUUUCUCUUUGUGUAUCAAUUUCAGAAAUUCUCCCCCAGGGUGUCUUCAUCGUGCUGUCUAAAAACAGUAGUUUAGUCUCAAGUAACCUAGUCACAAUAGUAAGGCAGUGUUUUUAGUCCUAGUGGCUUGGGGGGUGGCUUAUUUAUUGCCUGACCUCUUUAGGAAAUGACAAAGAUCAAUUAACUUUUUUCUUUAACAGGUUUUAUUAAUUUCAUAAUAACAUUUUAUAUUUGUACAACUUACAUUGUUGGCUUGUUGGCACCAUGGCUUCUUAUAAAGAGUAGAGCAGACAGUUGUUUAGGGCCUGCAAUGUGUCAAGCACUUUUGGGAGGUAACAGGAGGUACUAAGAUGGGUAAGUCACAGUUCCUGACCUUAAGGUGCUUAGAAGGAGACAGACCCACAUAACGGAAGUGAUUGGAUGUAAUGUGCAGGGUACAAAGGGAAUACAGAGAAAGGACACUUACCCCAUGGGGGGCUUUCAUAAUGGAAGAACCUCUGAAGAUGAGCCUGAGCUGCAGUUUGAAAGAAAUGUGAGUCGUUGGGAGAAGUGGGAAGUAGGUCCCAAGCAGGGGAAGGAAUGUCCGUCCGUGAAGAUUUGUCGUGUAUUCCCGGAAGCGGUUCUGAGAUUUAUUGGCAGGAUUUGCUUGCUGAGAACUGUGGUUUUAUGACUCCCUGAGCAGAUGAUUUGGGGACUACAAAUGGUGCAGGCUUGGUGGGGAGAGUGGUGAGUCCCGUUGUGAACUACACUUGAGGUACAUGUAAGAUAGCCAUGCACAGUAUCCACAGUGCAAGUUCAAGGGUGAAGUCAGGGCUAGAAAUUUGGAUUUGGAAAUGAUCAGAAUGCAAAUUAAAAUGUGUGAGCUUACUCAAAGAGGGCAUGCAUAUGUGAAAACAUUUGGCUAAGAGAGCACUUUAAUAGGCACCUAUUUUUGAGGCAUACAUGGAGGAUGAGGAGCAGUUAUCAGCAGGGAGGAGGGACAGAGGGGGAUGAAGCACACCAGAGGAGAAGAGUAUUGGAAUUUCUACCAGUUAAGUACAACAGAGAGAUCUAGAAACAAUGGGCUGGAGAGUGGCAACUAGAAUACCAGUUGGAAGGCUACUUUCAGUGGAGUGAUGGGGGUUGUAAUCUGUUCCCUUUGUCUAGGGAUUCCCCCAGGUCUUUAACCCCUAGGCCUACUCAUUGCUCAUCAAGAGCCCUGAUGGCCCCUUCACCAUUGCUGGAUGGACUCUGUAUUUCAGCCAGAGUGUAGACCUUAAUGAAGCAGAGGCUAGGAAGGUGACUUUCUUAGGACCUGCAGAAGCAGGCAUCAAAGUUUGAGUUACAGGAAUGGAAUUAGAAUAUGAAACCCAUCCACUCCAGGUAUGGUGAUGGAGGAUGCCAGAACAUGGACGAAGUUUAUGUCACAGCAUAUGCAGGAGCCAAGAAUCAGGAAUUAACAGGUUCAAAUUCUUUUCUGAACAUUUCUUAUUAUGGGAUUUAUUUUAAAUUUCCAGGCACUUUGCCUUCCAGAUUAAAAAAAAUGCUUAUCAGCAUCUGAUUGCUCCAAGGCUCCUUGAUGUCUAAGAGCUUUUUUUUGUGCUUGAUCUUGAGCAUUUUAUUACUUCUAAAUCAUGGUUCUUCUGUUUCCUCAGCUUAUAAUACUGUCUCCUAGCUUAUAAAAGUAGACUUUUUCUUUAAACCUUUUCUCUUAGUUCAGAUUGAUCAAUGUUCUAGUAUUCAGCUGCCCAUGUAGAACUAAGUCCUUGCUCUGACUUCAGUGUAGUGGCUGGGCUUCCUGCAACCAGCUUCCUUUAUGCCAGUCUGUGUUCCAUAGACUUCCUGAACAAUGCUUGCCCGCCCACCCACCGCGUGGAUUUUGUGCUCUUCCUAGCCGUUGGGAGUCCCCGCGAUGCUGUGAGUAAAGGCAGCGCUCUGGUGCCUCCUCACCGUGGAGCCUCUGUAGUCAUGGUUGGUGUCCUCAGCCCCUGUGCCAGCAGAGUACAUGGCCUUUGAGCAAACCUGCCUCCUCCCUUGCAUUCCCCUGAGCCCUUCUUCUUGUUAGGAUAGUCUCCAGGAGGAAAGUAAGCAAAUUUCUCUCCUUACUUCUUUACCCCAUCCUUUGCUUUAGCUGAAGCCUCCAUCUUUUCUAAGAGUCCAUUCGUAGGCUUCCAUGUAUGCUGUGAUUCACCUGGGACACCCUGAAAAUGUGAGACCCCAAACUCAAGAAGGAGGAAUGAAUUAUUGUUUUUCAAAAGAAAGAAAGAGCAUAAUGGUCGUUUGAAAAGGCAAUUUUUUUUUUGCCUUUUAAUCUCACACUUUUUCUAAAGACCUAGCAGCAUCAUGAUAAAUGUUUUAGUUGCAUAAUUGAACGCCAUGAAAUGGUUCUUGUGAAUGUCAGAUAGGUGGUAAAGUCUCACAUCGUCCUUCGAGCCCCGAGCUGGCUUAUCGGGAUGGCUGCAUCACAGCGUGAGCUCUGAACUUUUAAAGAAGUUUGCUAUGUAAGAUCAAGGUGGUUUCACAAUCUAUUCUAAAUGAGCGAGAUAAAAACAACUCUAGGAAAAAAAUGAUAAUCUCACCAGAUGAGUUUUGCUUUCUCAUUUCAGAAACUGAGAACCACGUAAUCCGUUGACUAGGCUUUCCUGCCUGAACUUCUAGGUGUCUGAACCGAACUGAGUAUUCAGUGCAGGACUUCUUUCACACGAGCCGCCGAAUGACAUUUGUUUCUCUGUUCAUUUUAACAUUCCCUUUUUAUUGUCAGAUUUUGUGGCUUUUAAUUGCAUCCAUGAUAGGAAAUUCUUUUUGGAAGCAGGUGGGGUAUAAAUAGACAUACAUAUGUGUGAAAUUAAGGUAGUUUUGGUCACAAAAUGGGGACAUUGAAAUGUUUCUGUAGUGUUUCUUUGAUAACACUGUGUGUGGGGGUGUGCACAUGCCUGUGUAUAGAAAUCUCCCAAGUGGGGAGAAACCCGAAUACUGUGAUUUUUUUUUUUUUUUGAAGAGAAUAGUGGAAAGGUUGUCGUUAUCCCAAACAACCUACCUAAUGAAAUAUUCAGGAGCACUUAGUGCUUUUAAGCAAAUAUCUUAUUCUGUGUCUCAAGGGAAAGUAAUUAAUCUGGGUGUGGAGCGUUCACUUGUUUUUCAUUUUUAUUCUUGACCAAUCAAAACUGGAAGGAUGAGAGCAUGGGCUGUUUUUAUGGCAAAUAAUCAUUGUAUAGACUUAGAAUAAGUGGUUUUAGUGUUUAAAUACCACAGUUUCUUGUAAUGGAUGAAUUAUAUGAUAAAUAAAAUAAAGUUUAUUGAAAUGGUC